UAGCAACAACACAUGAAACAGACAUAGGAAGAGGUGGACGAAGGGAGAGGAGGAAGAGGAAGAAGAAGAGCAAGUGCAAGCAGCGAAUUGAGUAGAAGAAUCGCUGCCGACGCUUGCUGAACAUCAAUUGCCACGGCUGUCUCUCUUGCUCCACCCUCCUCUUCCCCCCUCGAGUGGUGCCAACCACGCAAGGUCUCCUCGUCUUCUCCGCCAGCGGCUUCGCGUGGGGUGACUGGCUUCAGAGGAGUUUUGGGAUGUGAGGAAAUGCUGUUACGGAGAGCUCUCACGGGGGAUGUUGGUUGAUGGGUGUGGAUUAUAGCGGGGGAGGAGCUCUGGAAGUCAGUUGUGCUGGGAUUACCAUCGGGAGGUGCUGAUUGAGGGUAAUUACGAGUGAUUUAGGGGCUUGUAGAUGUAUUCAUUUUUUAUUAUUUUUGCAUCGUUGGAGUGGGGAAUUUUUUGAAGAUUGAGGAGUUGCGGAAGGGUGGGGCAGGAGAGGAGAAGUGUAGGGCAGGGCAGGGCAAGGUUGAGUUUACAAUCGAAAUUGUGAGGGCGGACGAGCGCAGUGUCGUGUUUCUUGUCCCCGAUAUGUUGUGGUUUCCGUAAAGGAUCUACUAUCAGGGAAAAUUGGAAGUGUGCACUGUUUACCGGACGUUGCAUAUCUAAUGGUCAAUGGUAUCAUAUUUCGUUCCGUCUUCCGCUCCUUGAUGUCGAAAUCGGCAUGCCUUUUUCUAUAGAAGUGUGCUCCGGAUUGUGAAAGUUAAAAAGUGAAGUACAAGUCUGAGGCUUGUUUGUCAUUUCAGAGUAAAGUUAAUGGUUUAGGUGGGGGCAUUCGAAGCUAAGUGAUGACCUUGGAGGAGAUGUGGAACAUGAGGCCACCCUUGAAUAAACCUCCGACUCACCCGAGCGUGUCAACAUCAAACCAGUUCAAUUUGGAUUCAGGGCAGUUGCCCCAGCCCUACAUGGCUAAGGAAUUCUGCGUUAUCGAGCGUACUUUCAGGCAAGAGCAUAUGCUUCCGAAUAUGAUGAAUUUCGGCUCUCAAGGGCUCAGUGCAAACAAGCCCAAGUCGGAACUUCUGGCCAUGGUUUCUGGGUCUCAGCAGCAUCCACUUAAGCCGAAUAACCCUCCAUCCUUGACUGCCCGGUCGAGUCAUAUUGCGUCUCUUCCUCCAUUCACUCAAAUGAAUCUGGCAGAUCACGGUGGGUAUGAUGGAUGGUCUACUCAAAAUCUUUCUAUCCCAUCACAAACAAAUCGCCUAGACGGUAGUGCAAAGUUUACUACAGUGGCAGAUCCAUCUAUUGGACACAAUAGGGACUUCAAUCUCACGACUGGCGGAAGAGUAAACGAAAGUUUCCUUCUGAAUGGGUCAAGGGCACCAGUAGCUGAAUUUAUGUCGCAAAAUUCAAGUUUUAGCAGGGGUACGCAUGAAUUGGGUUUGGAGGGGAGCCGACGUCUUUCUUCAUCACAAUGGUUAGCGGAGCCGUUGAGACAAAGGCAGCGGUAUCCAAGCGUGCAAGCGUCGACUCUGUUCAUGGCCAAUGGGGACCUUCACAAAUUUGACUCGACGUCAUCCAAUAUGGGAUCUGUUUUCCGGAGCCAACCUCACUCAAACCCAGGCCCGACUCCAUCCGGAGGGCUUCGAGUUUAUUGCAUAAACUACUUUGAAGUACCUGUGGGUGGGCUGCUAAGUUUGACUGACGCAGGGCAGUUGGGAGUAACUUGUGCCUGCCACGGCCAACACAUGUCGGUUGCUAAAUUUACCCAGCAUUCAGGACUUAAUGUUUCAAAUCCUGGACUGGCGGUAUUUAUGGAGGGAGGUGAAAAUUUGGUACAGUGGCGAAAGUUGUUUUUCUCUCAAUUUGGGGUGAAGGUUCCGGAGGACAAUGUGGGUUGGGAAUGGCAGAAUAGUGGUUCUGUGGAGACGGGGCACGGAAAAUAUAAAGAUGUUGGUCCUGGUGAGAUAGGGCCUGGACGGGAUAAAGGGAUGUCGACUCAGAGGUGGCAAAAAGAAGUGGAUGUGUCAUGUGGCGGAACCAGUCCGAUGAUGAAGAGCAGAACAACACAGAUGUGGGAUGCUCGUGUAGGCAACGGGAGCACUUCCACUCUUCAUGCGACGAAUUCCAACUCUAAUACGAAAUUCGGACUGCUGAACACUGGAAACGGUAGCGUAAUGGAUUCUAGAGAGACGGAGUUGAGGAAUUACGAGCAAUCGUACAGAGGAGUGAAUGUAACAUCGGCUGUCGGGUCUGGACAGUUGUAUACAGCUCCACCGCCCGAGAGCCUUUCGAGGGGUCAGGGGAAUAUGGGAGGUAUUACAUUUCAAAGCAUGUCUCAUGCAGGUCACGAAGCCAUAAGCAAUGAACGCAACUUUACAAAUGAUGGAGGUCAGCGUUAUUCCUCUGCGGAACAGCAGGUGAGGAACGGUAAAGGGGUAAACUAUUUGGUUAACAGAUGGACCGAUGGGCAGGAAUGUCGUACAAGAGAGAAUGACAGUACUUCAAAUUUUGAGCUACGGUUGGGGCAGCCAUCUCAGCAAACACAGGCGGCUGGGGCAUCUUUCUCAUCCAUGGCAACUUCCAGUGUGGAUCAUCCGAAGCCGCCUUUGUUUGAACAAAUCAUGAACAAAGUGUGGGAUGGAAAGUCGCCACAUAACUUACAGCAGUUCAAUCCGACGAAUCUACCUAAGUUUUCUGGCAUUUCUGGUCAGAAGAGAGAGCAACUAAGCGGCAACACGACACGACAUUCAGUUCCUGUCAGAACAGAUGGUUUGGAUGGUUUCGGUAAAGAGAAGCGCGGAGAGGACAGAGGCGCAGCUUAUCACAACUUAACCCAAAGUACAAGGCAGGUGUUCCAUUCCUCACAAGGAGUAUACGAACUAAGUGCUGUAUCAGAGCAGGUUCAAGGAAAAUUCACGUCUUUGGAAUCCAUUCACCAGUCGAGCAUCUUGAGCAGGAGUGGGGAUGGUCAGUUCCGGGUCGUACAAUCGGGGUCGGAGAAGUUGGCGGCAAAGCUAAUUUCACACCCUAAUCAGUCUCGUAGCGUGACAUUGGAGAAUGGGACGAGCUUGGAUUCGUUGAGCACAGGGGCAUUGAUGCAGCUGAGCAACAAGACCGGACAGAGGCUUUUGGAAACAGCCAUUCAGUCAUCGUUCACGUACCGAGCGAUGGGGCCAGAAGGUCUUAGGGCACAGCUGAAGGACGGUCAUAGUAGAGGAGUUGCGGCAAAAAGUUUGUCCAGCGGUGUGGAUAUAUUUGGUCGGCCCUCGAUGGCUCCCCGUGCUAGAUUCUCUGACUUCCUUAUGGAGAACCAAGGUCACCACGAUUCGGGGAUUGGUUCUCGAGGGAUUGUGGAUAGUGCAAGUCACAGUAGGUUGGAGCAGGAUCCAAAACUUGGAUUUCAGAUGCGAGAACAAGGGAUGACGUUCAUGACACAGCGGCCGAUUCAGAGAGUUGUGCAGGAGGAUUGCAGUACACGAUGCAACGAGGUAGGAAGAGUACCGGGUGCUGAACAUGUAUUGGAGGGUCAAAAAUUGAUGUCAAAUAGAAUUGAACAGAAGCAGUGGCAGAGUCAGAAUGACCAGGCAUUGGGAAACGACAAGCAAGGCUGGGCUCGAGGCGGUCCCCAGGCAUUGAACACUGUAGAUUCGGGUUUGGGAUGGAAAGUGCAGAACGCAGAGAUUCCGAAACGUUUAAGGCCAGGCGACGCUGAAAGCAGACGCAAUGAAGCUGAGUACGUGGAUGUGCGAUUGGAGCGUCUAGCAGAUCCGGCAGUUAAGGAGGUGAAAGAUGGUCACGCGCCGGGUGAAAGCCCGCAGAGAAACUUCGAACUUUUGUCUGUCAAUGGGGAGGACACACAGUGCACUUGUUUCAAAUGCAGGAAAGCAAGUCCAUCUACGAGAGGGCAAGCUGUGCCAAGGCUCGCUGGACAAGUUUGUCUGAAGGAGAAGAAUAGCCUUGCGAGCACGGUGGAGGCUGGAAAAAGAGUAGGUUUUGUGGAAGGCCAGCAUGAUGCUUUAGAAGGUCGUGCCCAGGUCCAACAGCCAGACACGGAGCCACAUCUGGACAAGGACACAGUGAAGGGUAAAGAGUGUACUCUGGAGUCCAGUGGUCCGACCUUACCGUGGGAACCGAGACGGAGAGAGAUAGAGGUGGAACGGCAGGAGAUGAUUACAAAAUGUGAAGGAGUGGCUCCCGGGGAUAAUAGUGUGUUGUCAGACACUGCUGCGAAGGGCGCUGCAGCAGGGCGUAGCAGUCCACUAAGGAGUGCUGGUGGUGGUGAAGUUUGUUCGAAUAGCUCAGAGAACGUGUCUAGCGGGCUUUCUGAUGAAAGAUGUGCUGCUAGUGGCGAAGGAUGCCCUUCGGUUGUGCAAGAGUCGGAUAUGACGGCUGCUCCCGGGGCUGUAGAUGAAGGGUCUGGAAUAGGUAAAUGCUCUUCAUCGGACGAUGUGGACAUGGGAAUGGCCACGAAUCAGAAUGAAUUGUCGUUGUUGGAGGAUCCAGUUAAGCUCGCAUCUCCAUCGUCUAUGGGAUGCCCAUCAUCCAGCAACGUGGGAAGAAGACUUAUUGUGAAGAGAAGUGGAGUGAGAGGCACAGGAGGGUGCCAUGGCAGCAAGGAGGCAGAAUCUAAUGAGGUGGAAGCAGAGCCGGUGAUAAGCACAGGUAAACUGGAGAGGACGCAGCGACGUAACACGAAAUGGAAACGGCUGGAAUUGGGUGAGGAUGGAGAUGCUAAGGUUGUUAGUCCGACGAGUUCGUCUGGGCACGAAGCUGAAGUUCAGGUGCCACCAGCGAAUGCAAGAAUAGGAUUCCAGGUGCAGGAGGCGCUUGUAAGAGCGGAUGCGGACUUAUCGACGAAGGAUUUGAAAGCGAGUAGCGGAGAGGUGAUGCCGCCUUCUAAGCGGCGGAAGCUGGCCAUACCGAGACGGCAUCAAGAAAUGAAGUUGACGAAUGUGACUGAGGAUAAUCUAGAGGCGGCGAGUUUGAGUGAGGAUACGAAGAAAAAGACAGGCAGUUUGGUGAUACGAGUUCCAGUGGCAGGCGUGAACCGUCUUAAAGCCAAGAAAGGGAUUUGGACAAAAUUGCAGUCGAAGUGCGGCGGGAGGGAUUGGAGUGGUAACCCAGCUGAGGAGGGUCAUUCGGAUAUAAGAAAUGGCAAGAGAGGGCCAGAUAUGGGUGAAUCGACGGUCUCCAAAGUAGGAGCUCUGGGCAAAGUUUCGUCAAUUUGUGAUUCAGGUUUAGGGGAAGCAGGCACUGUAGGUCCAAAUAAGGUACCAACUUUCUUGACUAAGAGUCUUCGCAGUCCGAGAACACCAUCGGCGCGACCAAGUCCACGAAAUGGGAAGAUAGUGUCGUUAAGCGUGAUUUUGAAACAAGCCAAAGAUUCCAGUCCGAUUUCCGAAGCUUUCGAAGGAAAGGCAGUUGUACAGAAGCUUAAAGAAGCCGUUCCAGAGUUCAGAAACGAAGGAACUAUUCAGAAGAGGGUAGAUGUCCACGCAGUUUCUGGUAGUGUCGCAGCCAGUCGUGAUAAAAAAGUCAAGGAUCGAGAUCAUUUUGGCAUGGGAGGAUCUUGGAAGACUUCUAAAUCUACAAUAGAAGCUACAGUCCACAAGAAAGUUGAAACCCAUGUUGCCACUGGUAAUAUCACAGCCGGUCCUAUGAAAGACGUAAAGGAUAAGAAUCGUCCUGAUACGGGAGUAGUGUGGAAGGAAGGGCGUAAGAUGAUACAAGUCCACAAAGAAGAUGCACAGAAUCGAAAGGUCCGCAGUCUGUUGGAGUUGACUGGCAAGAACAACAUGAAUGGGCCACAUGCAGAGGUGUCCGAGUUCGCAGAGAAUGAGGAUUCAGCAGCAGUCUGGAAGGCCGGAAAACAGGCGUCAGCAGCUUUACAAAUGGACAACCCGGCAGUACAACCUGGAUCUGUAGGUAUUGGUGGUCCUAUCCCUCGCGGUGAGAGGUCAGUGAGGCCAGGGAUUUCAAAUAGAAGGAAAGUAGAGUGGCACAGAAGCAUCGACGCACAAGUAGAAGUUGACAGGAGCGAGAGUGUAGCAGAGAAGGAGAAAUUAGCUCCUAGAAAAGGCGAUACAUUUGAGUGCGAACUAUCUCAGUUGAGAUCAGCAAGCGACAGCAUUAUCUCAGAAACGAAGCUUCGGCAGGGGUUCGGUGAGCAGGGUUGCCUCGUGAGGAAGCAGAUACGGUCAAGUAAUGUAAAGAGAAGUAAAAUAAAGGGAAAUAAAUCGCUGGACAAGGAUACAUUAUCUUCUGAUAAAAGACUGCGUCUGGGAGAUACAGACACAGUGCCGCACGAGGAGAGGCGUGUGCAAAAGGGGGGUAUAACAGGACUAGGGGUGCUAAAGAGAAAAGGAGGACCAGAGUUGCUGUCUCUGCCGGGUGCCAGCACGAAACGUCCGAAGUUUAUCUCUGGAUUGAACAAAGCGAAAGAGAUUUUAGUUUGCGACAUUGAGGCAUCCAUGGAAAGCGUUGCUCUGCCGAAGAGUUCCAUGGGGGAGCUUUUUUCAGACGAUAGAAAAUUGAAAGAACACGUGGACCAUAGUCUGGGAAGCAACUUGAAGAUGCAGCUGAAAGCAAAGCCCACGUUUUCAAAAGAAAUGAUGGGUUCUUAUUUGAAAAAAGAAAGAUCAGUGGCCAGUUUUGAAAUAAAAAAGCCCAACAUUCACGAAAGGAAUAAAUGUGAUGUUUGUGGAGCCUUCACCUCGGUCAGCUACAAUAAGUUAUUAUGUUGUAGUCGGUGUCCAGUCAAGGUUCAUCAAGCAUGUUACGGCGUGCCCAAGAUUCCGAAAGGGCCUUGGUCUUGUCGUACUUGCAAAUUCAAGAUCAAAAAUUCGAUAUGUGUUCUUUGUGGAUAUGGGGGUGGAGCUAUGACCCGCGUCCACAAAGCUCGAAGUUUCUGCCACGGGUUAUUGCAAGUUUGGCGAGACAUGAAGGAUGAGAACAUGCCUGACUCCUCUUUAGCAGAUGAUGAGAAAACCCUUCUGUCAGAAACAAACACCAUUCAGUUAUCGAAGAACAGGUCGGUAUCUGUCUUGGCAAGAAAGUGUUCGAAGAGUAAUGAUACGAUGGGCACAGAAUGUGAGUCAUGUGAUUGUGAGGGGCCCAGAGACAACAGUUCGAUUUGCAAAGUUUGUCGUAAGGACAGUCCUGAGCCUGGGAGCAGUGGUGGCAACAUAGUGAAGUAUUCUGAUAGGGCUGUUUUCGCAAAUUCCGGACGUGAGAGUUGGAGGAGGAACAAUACCGUUCGAAGCGUCUUGAAGGAUAGUGGAGCCAAACAGUGGGCCCAUAUGGUGUGCACAUUGUGGAUGCCUGGAACGCGAUGCUUGAAUAUGGGAACCAUGGGAGUGUUCGAUGUAUCGGGUGUAAAAGUUUCUCUACGAAAAAUGCUAUGCUCCAUAUGUCGGAGGAAAGGUGGUGCCUGCAUACAGUGUCGUGUACCAAAAUGCUCAACACCAUUUCAUGUCUUGUGUGCUCAUGAGAAGGGUCUGUUACAAAGUGAAACUGUAAUGGAUGGCAGUAAUCAGGUUGGCUUUUUUGGAAAAUGCCUAAAUCAUGGCGAUUCUUCUGUUAACGAGUUGGACGAUUUAACAAAAGUGGGGCUUCGUCCUGCCAGGCGGGAAGUUUGUGCUCGUACUGAGGGGUACACAGGAAAGCUGAGUUUGGAAGAGCGAGCCAAAGCACAGCAACGGAUGACUCUUGAAGGAGCCAUGGCUGUUACUCCUGAGCAAGUCGCUGCAGCGCUUCGGAUCGAUGUUCGUAAAAUGCCAACUCGACGGUUACUGAAACCAACGAAUUCUGCCAUGAAAUGUGAUCACCGAGAGUACCUUCGAUUUAAACAAAAGAGAGGUUGGACGAAACUUGGUGUGUAUAAAUCAGGAAUCCAUGCACUCGGCCUCUACACUACUGAUUUCAUUGCCGAAGGUGAAGUGGUUGUCGAGUACGUAGGCGAGAUAGUAGGUUCACGUGUUGCAGACAAGCGGGAAGCUGAGUAUCAUUCUGGAAAACGCUUACAAUAUCAAGGUGCUUGCUAUCUAUUCAGAAUAGAUACGGAGCAGAUUAUUGAUGCUACCCGUAAAGGUGGAAUAGCUCGUUUUGUAAACCAUUCCUGCUCGCCUAAUUGCGUUGCGAAGGUAAUAUGUGUGGAGAAUCUCAAAAAGGUCGUCUUCUUUGCGAAGAGGGACAUUUACGCAGGCGAGGAGGUCACGUAUGACUACAAAUUCAAUUGCGAUGAAGUUGGUGAUAAGAUACCUUGCUUCUGCGGUACUCCUGAGUGUAGAGGAACAUUGAAUUAACAUUACUAGCUAGAUUCAGUAAUGAGACUUCGAAUAGUUUGUAACAACAAUUUAGGUAGAUGAUAGCCAGGCAAUAGUUACCAGCGCUUGUGCCGAUCCACUGCACAUAAAUUGUGCAACCACACACUGGUACAGAAACCAUAGAGCACUUUUGGUAUUGAGUGUCCACUCCAUAGCGAGUCAGAGUAUGUGGCAUAGCUGGCUCGUGAAUGAACACCUGUUAGUAUUGGUGAUAAUGUAUGAUAUUUCCAGGGUGUCAACAGCUUGACUCUGGAAAGUUUUCCUACUGUGAAUAGUGUCACUAGUAUUCAGACGGCGUUGCUAUUUACGGCCUCAUGAGGGUCCCUUAGCAGUUUUCUAUCUUAGCAAACUCGCCGUGGUUCACAUCUUGCAAACAGAAAUCCCCUGUGAUACUGUAUUUCGCCAGUUCGUUUGGUGCAUUGUUUGAUUAUGAGGGUUCAUGAUCAAACAACGCAACAAACGAACAAGGGAAUGAUGUGAAACUCUUCCUAGGUGAUGGACAAGAGAAAAGCAUGAUCGUUUCAACUGAA